AUGGCAGAAGCCAGAAUUUCAGUGGAUCAGAAUGAGUUCCUGUGUCUAGUGUGCCAGGAUCUCCUGAAGGAUCCAGUGGCCAUUCCCUGUGGACACAGUUACUGUAAGAUCUGUAUUAAUGGCUGCUGGGAUCAGGAGGAUCAAAAGAGAGUCUACAGCUGCCCUCAGUGCAGACAGACCUUCAGUCCAAGACCUGCUUUAGCUAAAAACACCAUGCUGGCUGAAGUGGUGGAGAAACUGAAGAAGCGUAAACUUCCUGCUGACUGUUACGCUGGAGCUGGAGAUGUGCAGUGUGACGUCUGUACUGGAAGAAAACACAAAGCCGUCAAGUCCUGUAUGGUGUGUCUGGAGUCUUACUGUCAGAAUCAUCUUGAACAACAUGAGAGUUUGUUCAGAAGAAAGAGACACAAUCUGACUGAAGCCACUGGACGACUGCAGGAGAUGAUCUGCCAGAAACAUGACAAGAUCCUUGAGGUUUUCUGCCGCACUGAUCAGAAGUGUAUAUGUGUGCUGUGUAUGGAUGAACAUAAAAACCACGACAUUGUAUCAGCUGCAGCACAGAGGACAGAGAAACAGCACCAGCUGAAGGAGACGCAGAGGUCGUUCCAGCAGAGGAUCCAGCAGAGAGAGAAAGAUCUUCAGCAGCUGAGAGAGGCUGUGAAGUCUCAUAAGCGCUCUGCACAGACAGCAGUGAAGGACAGACAUGAAGAUCAAAAGGGCUCACAGUGCUUUGGCUCCCAAGCCAAAAGAAAUGGAAGCACCCAGAUCAUUAGUAGUAAAAUUCACGAUUUUACAGUGAAAGAAGCGAUUCUGCGCCAGACCUGGGUACAAAAACAAGUCAUGUAUAAUAACAAGCAAAUUUAUUUCGACAAUGACUACUUCCCAGAUUUGCAGAGAAGGGCUCAGGUGCGAGACAUGAUCAGACAACUCAAGAAGAAGGACAGUACAGCACAAAGUUUCUACCCUGCACAACUGAAGAUCAGCCUGAAUACAGGUGACAAAACUUUCUCUACUUUGGCGGAUGCCCUGCCAACACUACAGGAGCUCGGUGUCAAGACGCAAAUGGGGAAAUGCGACGCAUUGGAGAUGGAGCUAUCAAAAGCCCUGUGA